AUCUAUACGGAUUGGGCCAAUCAUUACCUCGACAGAGGUCGUUACAAGCGUAAUAUACAAGACCUCCAAGUAGACGUGUGCGAUGGCGUCCUACUAGCAGAUGUGAUCGAGGCUGUCAUUGGCACCAAAGUUCCAGGAAUCGUACGGAAACCAAAGACUGCAGUGCAGAUGGUUGAAAAUAUCUCUUCUUGUCUAUCCUAUAUUGGGGAGCUUGGAGUCUCCAUUGAAGGUGUCACUUCCAAAGAUGUGAGAGAAGGCAAUCUCAAAGUAAUCCUGAGCUUAUUCUUUAACUUAUCAAGAUAUAAACAAGCUCAGAAAAAUUCAUCCAGCGUUGCGUCCAAAAACACAGCAAAUAGUUUGUCGUCUUCUGCCUGCUCCAAUACACCUAAUACAAAUGUCACUGCCGUAGUAAAGUCAGGCAUGGUGGCGCCAUCUGUCGGCAGCGAGAUGCUUUCCAAGCUUCCAUCACCGUUUCGUCAAUCAACUGCGCGUAGCAUUCCGUGUCCUGGCGCGAAAGAUGCUGGAAGUGCAAUUCCAUCCUCAUCCAAUCCGUCCGCUGCUGGCUCAAGGAAAAACAAGACUGUGGCGCCAUCGUUUGGACAGCAAGAGAAGUACAGUCCGGAGCUACCUCUACUGGCAGCUGAAGAGGUUUGA